CUGCAUCCCCUCGCACCUCAAUCAUCGACUGGCCAUGUCUACGCCUACCCCUGUCACCAUCCUCGGCAGCACUGGUCUCACCGGCUCCGAGACUCUUCACGCCCUCCUCACCUCCUCACACCCCUUCUCCAUCACCACCGCCACCCGCCGCCCCAUCCCUUCCCCCUUCCCCAAAUGCAAACCUACAAACGCCCAAACCGUCCUCGACGAACGAAUCUAUCCUUCGCUCUUCGAUGCUCCCGCCGAUACUGCCCGGGGAAAGCUCGUACAAGAGGGCGGAGUGUAUGUGUCGUGUCUGGCGACGACAAGGGUGAAUGGGAAAGAAACGCAGAAGAAGGUAGAUUGGGAGCUCAAUAGGGAUCUUGCUACUAGAGCCAAAGCCGACGGAGCCAGAACAGCUAUCCUCGUAUCCGGCUCUCACGCAUCUCCCGACUCGUCAUUCUUCUACCUCCGCAUAAAAGGUCAGCUCGAAGAGCACCUUACCACCCUCGGCUUUAACCAUGUCGUUAUCCUCAAGCCUGGGAUGUUGCUUGGCCACAGGGAGAGGGUGGAUUGGGCCGAGAUUGGAUUGCAAAAGCUUUUUGGGUGGGCGAGAUGGGCCGGGGUAGGCACGGACGCGUUGGCUGUCGAUGGGAAAGAUGUUGGGGCUUGUAUCGCAAACCUUAUCGAGUACCCUCCUCUUGAGAAACAUCUUAUCUUGGGGAACAGGGAUAUCAUCGCUCGUGCAAGAUUGCUUCGAGCGUCCAGAUAGACGAGCCGGUCCAAGCUGUUCCUGUGAUUAUAUAUACCACGAGGGUAUAAACCUUCGCUUGUUGUUUGUAGGAUGUAGUCGUGCGUCAGGACAUGCAGCAAUCAGUAGACGAG